CCUCAUGUGUCAUGCAUACAUUAAAGAGGCAGAGGAGUCUAGAGGGAGACCGAGGAGCUUCUACUGUGAGUGUCAUCACAAAUUACCAGGAGAACUUGCGAUCGCACUCACUCUCUUCUCCCCCGCUUUUGGCAAACGCUAAGGCAGCCGAGCAACCACCACCACCACCACCUUUCUCUCUCUUUCUCUCCCUCACCCUCUCCAUCGCUCUCUCUCUCUCCUCUCUCUUUCCCUCUCUCACAUAUGCACACACUCUGCUUCUGUCUUUCUCUCCAUUACAUCCUCUUUUAGUGUCUAUAUAUGAAUCUUUCUAAAGAACUUCAGCUGUCACUGCUGCAUGUUAAGUGUUUUUUUACUUUUUGGACAAAUGGACAACUUUUGAAAAUGCUUUGAAGGGUUGCAAUCUGAACCGCAGCCGCCACAAUUCUUCUAUUUUUUACUAUUCUGAAGUGAUUGAUUUUUUUUCUGAUGGAAAGACAUGCUUGUUAUGGUGUAACGGGAUGCUUCAGGACUUGAGCGCCAGCGUCUUGUUUCCUUCUUGCUUGCAGCACCGGCCUUUAGCUCAAGUUCCGGACAACGAUGAGCAGUUUGUUCCUGACUUUCAGGGUGAAAACUUGGCAUUCCACGGGCUGCAGUUGAGGAUAAAGCGGGAGCCCCACAGCCCUUGUGCUAAUCUGGGAUCAGCCUGCAGUCAGGAGAGACCCUUCAAGCUCCACUAUGGAGAGAAAUGCAUGUACAACAUCAGUGCCUACGAGCAAAAGCAUGUAGCAGGAAUGAAGGGCUCCAGUCCUGUGACUACACCCUGCAGCACACCCGUAUCUCCCCAUCAGCACCAUGUGUCUCCCAGUGCUGGCCUCACCCCCAAACCAGACAGAACAUAUCCCCACCUCAACGGCCCACAGCCCCUCCCUGACACCACCUACAACAUUGACCACAGGUUCCGGCGUCAGCUAUCAGAGCCGUGUCAUUCAUUUCCUUCUCCGGCGCCGGCUCCGAUGGGGCGAGACGGCCGGCCCUUGUACCACAGACAAAUGUCUGAACCCAGUAUUCCCUUCCAGUCUCAAGGGUUUAAGCAGGAAUAUUCAGAUCCUCUGUUUGAGCAUCCACUCUUGGUGGGAGCCCCUCUGCCUCAAUCCUACCCUCCUUCCAUGAUGAUAAAGCAAGAGCCACGAGAUUUCACCUAUGACUCAGAAGUGCCAAGCUGCCACUCGGUUUAUCUGAGACAAGAGGGUUAUUUGGCUCAUGCAAACAGAACUGAAGGUUGCAUGUUUGAUAAAGGCGUCAGGCAUUUCUAUGAUGACACCUGUGUAGUACCAGAAAAAGCUGAGGGGGACAUCAAACAGGAGGCAGGGCUUUACCGUGAGGGUCCCACCUAUCAGAGGCGAGGCUCACUGCAGCUCUGGCAGUUCCUGGUGGCUUUGCUGGACGACCCUUCCAACUCCCACUUCAUUGCGUGGACUGGCCGAGGAAUGGAGUUCAAACUCAUUGAACCUGAGGAGGUGGCACGACGCUGGGGGAUCCAAAAGAAUCGCCCUGCCAUGAACUACGACAAACUCAGCCGCUCAUUACGCUACUACUACGAGAAAGGGAUCAUGCAGAAGGUGGCAGGUGAGAGAUACGUGUAUAAGUUUGUGUGCGACCCCGAGGCCUUGUUCUCCAUGGCCUUCCCUGACAAUCAGCGGCCCGUGCUGAAAACCGACAUGGAGAGGCAAAUCAACGAGGAAGAGACGGUGCCACUGUCACACUACGACGAAAGCAUGGCAUACGUUCAGGAAGGAGCCUACUGCAACCCGCACCCUUACAGCGAAGGCUAUGUCUACUGAUCACCGAGCACAGACUCUGCCACAUUGGUCUCACCAUUUAAAAUUCGUAAGAAUUCACAUCUAGUAUGAAAAAGUUACGAACAUAUCAGUGGUGGUGGGGGUUUAUCGCUCAUAGCUGUUCUUACAACUCCAUUCAUAUGAAAUACAACAACAAAUAAAUCGCUCUCAGUCACUAGAAUUCUUAUGAAUUUUGUGUGAGAUCAGGACUUCUCUGGAUUCCUCUAUCCGUCGUCUCCGUCAUUCCCCGGGACAAAGAGUGCACUUUAUGGACAGAGACGGGCAGAGUGUAAAACCUACUGUCCUAGUUACGGUCGUUGCUCCUUUGAUGUUUGUUUCUUUUACAAUAAAUGGGGGGAUUCGAGCAUGCCAGAUUCACUGGGCGAUCUCUGGAGAAAUUGGCUUUUUCUGGAAAUAUGUGUUCAUCUAUUUAGACAGGUUUCUAGUCUGGAGAAUGUGGGUGAAUAAAUCUCAACCUCUUUUACUAAGAUCUCUUUAAAUCAUUUGUGGAGUGCUCAUUUAUUUUCAUUACCCAUCUACUUGGUGUCAUGCUGAGUAGCAGCUAAUAAUUCAGUGUAUUUGUAUCUGAAUAAAAGCCUAUCAAACUCUCCAGCGUGAAAUGAAACAAGCACACGUUUAAGGUGAUUCACAGAUCAGCGGGUGAGCAAGAUCCCAUAAAAGCCACUUACCUGUUAUUAAGACAUAAGUGAUGAAGUACUACAACAGAGGAACUACAAAUGUCUGUGUUAUUUGUUUCUUUUGGACGUUCAGCUCCGUCCUGAACAUGGAGAGAAAAUAAACAUUCCCGAUGACUGAUUGUUUAAGAUUUGAAAACUGGUUUGACCCUAUGCUGUUUGUCAUUUCAAUUCUUUUUAAAAUAUAUAUAUAUUUUACAGGGUAUGUUAAUCCAUUUCAAUCCUUUAUUGAACACAAACUAUUGUUUCGUAUUUCCACACAUUCUUAGGCCAAAUCUAUAUCCUAAUUAUUAUGUAAAUUUUAGCUUUCCUGUAAUCAUUUUUUAUUCUUUUAAAGAAUUCAUCAACGGUUGGAGAUAAAUGUGUUAUUUCCCGACUCCUGCAUAAUCUCUGAACAUAUGAACAUGUAAAUUCAGGAUACUACACAUCAAUGCUGCUUCUUCAUGUGAUUGGAUACAUGUAGUUGUUCCAUAACAGAUGGCAGCUAUGCCCUGCAGUACACUCAUUCAUGUUUUUGUCUUUUUUACAGCAAAAAAAAUGAAAGUCAGUGUUUAUUGAAUGUAAGAAUAUAUUCAGCAUUGAGGAGGAAAUGGCAAUAGCUACACUUCUGUAAUAAAACGGUGUUGAACUACAAA